UUUCCAACACCAUGCCCAGACCAAUCUUCUUCAAAUACACGACACCUUUCAUUCGAGGGAACCCAAGAACGUCGAUCCAAAAUCUCCGCAGUUGGCCACUACGCAUCCAACCAACUCCCCCGAGAAUUCAGAUCGCAUCUCUUGUCCACGUCACCUCCAUAAGGCGAAGCGACCCGAAUCAACCAUUCACUCUUGUAGCUACACAUCGGCAUCCAAACGCCCACCAGCUAAGAGGUAAAACAUACAACGUCGAUGUUCUACUUGCCGAGGAAGAUAAUAUUGCCGAAGUGUGCUGGAGGUUCCAGAUCGCAGAUGAAGAGGACCUAUUGGAUCGUCUGUCAGCUUAUGCACUGGCUUUCGGACAGCAUAGUACAGAGAAUAAAGAUUAUGAUGAAUGCGUUCGUGCUUUUCAGAGCAAGAUGGCAUGUAUCCUAAGGGGGAGGCUUGCUGACCAAGAGGAAUGGACUGCCGUGAGUGAAGAUGAGGAUGGGGAUGCAAACUUGUCUGGAUUUUCGGAGCAGCUAAAAGGAGGGCAUGGGGUGGAAGAGGACAAAAGCAAGGGUAACAAAUGA